CCCAGGAAGAAGAGAUAUGUUGUUUUGUGUAUACGAAAAUUCUACACCAGAGCAACCAGAUCCCGAUGUCAUUCAAGCUGAGCAAACCCUUUCUCAACAGUCAAGCAGCACCGUAUCCGUAGAAAACUUUAGCCGCUUCCUUCAAGCCAGAUCUGAACAGUCUACCGUUCCCCGUCGAUUAUAUGGACCUACCAUCACAAACCAUGAUAAUGGAUACCCCCUCUUUCGCAAAAUCCGUCUUUCAGCGUACUUCAACAAACAACGUGCCGACCAAAAGCUUAUUCAAGGCUUACGUGCCAAGUUUGGAGAGGACACCGUGUUUGUGAUGGGAAACUGGUCCGCUCCCCAUGCUAGACUCCUCAAGAAGCAUAGGUUCCAAGCCUUUCUUAUAGACGAAUGUAUCAAUCUAUACUGUAGACUCAUCAUGGCAGCACCAGAUAGAUGUCGCUUAUGGAACAGGGAUGUUGCUGCUUGCCUCAACUACGUGCACAUCCUUCGUGAGCUUCGACAUAAUGGCAUGAUUCCUCAUAGGUUUCGCCGGGUUGCUGUUGCUCCUACAAGACGUCGAAGAAGAGUGGACGAUCAGGAGCAACCAAGAACUAGAAUACGUUUAGACGAUGAUUCUUCGUCCUAG